AUGGAUGCUGCAGCCAGCAGCCCCCUUGGCUGGCUCUGGGCAGGUGCCACCAGGCUUUUUGGGGUCACCAUGGCCCACAGGAGCCCCCUGCACAAAGCCAAGGUGCUGCUCUGCAGCCUCCUGCCUGCCUUGCUGUGCGUGGCCACGCUGGGGGCUGCCCAGGGGCUGGGGGUGUUUGUGGCCAUGUGCCUGCUCUGCUCCGUGUGCCUGGGGGACGGGGACCUGCUGCCCGUGGGGGACAGAGCCGUGCUCAUCACAGGUAGUGACACUGGGAUUGGACAUGCCCUGGCUAAGCACCUGGACAGCCUGGGGUUCAUUGUGUUUGCUGGGGUUUUGGACAAGGAUGGCCCUGGGGCUGCGGAGCUGCGGCGCUCCUGCUCCCAGAGGCUCUGUGUCCUGCAGCUGGACAUCACCAACACCACCCAGGUCAAGGAGGCCUACCUGACAGUCUCAGAGAAGGUGCAGAAUGCAGGGCUCUGGGGUGUCGUGAACAACGCAGGAAUCCUGGGCUUCCCUGCUGAUGGGGAGCUGCUCCCCAUGAGCACCUACAGGCACUGCAUGGAGGUGAACUUCUUUGGGGCUGUGGAGGUGUCCAAGACCUUCUUGCCAUUGCUGAGGAAAUCGCAGGGGAGGCUGGUGAACAUGUCCAGCAUGGCAGGAGGCAUUCCACUACCGAGGUACGCAGCGUACGGGGCAUCCAAAGCAGCUCUGUCCAUGUUUUCUGGAGUAAUGAGGCAAGAGCUUUCCAAAUGGGGCAUUAAAGUCAUGGCAAUUCAUCCAUCAGGCUUCAGAACAGGUAUUGAAGGCACAGCAGAGCAGUGGGACAGGCAGGAGAAGGAGCUGAUGGAGAACCUCCCUGCAGACACCAGGCAGGCCUAUGGCGAGGAAUAUCUCCUGGGGCUGAGGAAUUACCUGCUCCACCUGCCCUCCCACUGUGCCCCCGACCUGUCCCCAGUGCUGGGCUCUGUCCUGCAUGCUCUGCUGGCCAGGAGACCCCAGGGCCUCUACACCCCUGGCAAGGGAGCCUACGCCCCCCUCUGCAUCUUCUGCUGCUUCCCCCUCUGGUUCUACGACUUCUUCAUCAGCAAGGUGCUGAGUGCUGGCUCUGUCCCAAGGCAGCUGAGGACAUCAGGAGAUGAAGGCAAGAACCUCUGA